CAUUGUGUUCUAUUAUUGUCAUAGUCUGCUGAUCACUUUUUGUGUUUAAGCCCUUUAUUGCUUAAAUAUUGUUGGAUCUGAUUUAUAUUAAGGGUUGAAGCUGUGCAUGUUGUUGUUUCUGUGAAUACCCUUUAUUUUCGAGUGCUGUGUUGUGCUUUUUGUUUCUGUAUAUUGUCUCGGGUCUAAGAAGUUGCCCUCACACAUUCUGAGUUGAUAUCAAGAUAUAUCCUUGAUUAAAACAUCCAGACUUAUUUCACUGUUUUACCAGUUGGUUAUUUUUUUGUGGUGGAAAGGAUUUUUGCAGAUUAAGCUAAGUUUGUAAGGAUUUUAGUGACACAUUUUGUCGCCACAAUGACAGUCUCAGUGAAGAGCAUUGCAGAUGAGCUGAUUUUCUUUGAUGUCAAGUUUGAAGAUGAAGACGUCCCUGAUAAAUUGGUAGAACUCUGCACUCUUCAUCGUCUGAAGGAAGAUGAUAUGGUCAAUGAAUGGAUGGCCUUCGGUACAACUCGUAACUUGCCACUCACAGUUGGUAAUCUCAGUCUUUUGGAACACGAGGUUCUGAAUAAAAAAGACAUUCGGUCCCGCCAAAAAGUAAUGAAAGAGAAACAUUGUGGCACUAGAGACAAAAAUACAAUUGAAGACCUUAUCGAGGUGGAGACAGAAGAAGAGAACCUCCUGGAAUCAUACACCACGCCUGCCAAGGGAUCACAGAAACGUGUCUUGUCCACUCCAGAAAAUCCUCAUUCCAAGCGAAUAUCUGCUAUAAGUCGAAGCCCUCACCUCUUCUCUCCUGCCAGCUUCUCACCUAGUGCCACACCAUCACAGAAGUACAGCACAAGAGGUAACCGUGGUGAAGUGGUGACAUCGUAUGGAGAAGUUCAUGGGACAACGUGGAGUGGAGGAAGCGGAAGAAAUACUUCUGUAGGACUGCUUACUUCCCAGGAUGAAUCGCUGACAAAAAUGUAUAAAUUCAUGUUUCAAAAGCUGUUGGACAUCAGAGACGUUGUGAGCAGUAAGAUUGAGGAGCUUGGGGAGGCUCUGAAGAAUAAUUUCCAUAUCGACGAAUUUACCUCCGUCUCAUUUCCGGCUCAGGAGACUGUGACGGUUCUGGGACAGAUUGGAUGUGACAGUAAUGGGAAGUUAAAUUCCAAGUCUGUUAUCCUAGAGGGAGACAGAGAGCACUCGUCAGGCCUGCACGUUCCAGUUGAUUUAACAGAGCUAAAGGAUUAUUCAUUAUUUCCAGGGCAGGUGGUGAUUAUGGAGGGGACAAACAGCACUGGCAGAAAAUUUGUUCCUACAAAACUUUACGAGGGGGUCCCACUUCCAUUCCACGAGCCUUCUGAAAUAUUUGAAGAUUGCCCCCCGCAGAUGGUUCUGACUGCCUGUGGUCCAUUCACUACAUCCGACUCAAUCACCUACGAUGCACUAAAGGACCUUGUGGAUGUUAUUAACAGAGAUCGACCAGAUGUCUGCAUCCUGCUUGGUCCCUUUUUGGAUGCUAAAAAUGAACAAAUAGAGAACCUACAGCUCACAGUGACAUUUGAAGAUGUUUUUAAGUGCUGUCUUAAAAUGAUCGUUGAAGGCACCCGUCCAUCUGGCUCCCACCUGGUGUUUGUGCCAUCCAUUCGAGAUGUCCACCAUUAUCCAGUCUAUCCUCAGCCCCCAUUUACCUGCUAUGAACCAGCCAAAGAAGACAAGCCGAGAGUUCACUUUGUCUCCGAUCCUUGCACUUUGACUGUGAACAGUGUUGUUUUUGGCUUCACCUCGACAGACUUGCUCUUCCACAUGGGUGCAGAGGAAAUCAGCAGCAGCUCAGCAGGGGCACCAGAUCGGUUCAGCCGGAUCCUCAAGCACAUUCUGACUCAGAGGAGUUACUACCCACUGUACCCACCAAGUGAGGAAAUGAAUAUUGACUAUGAAGGUCUCUAUAGCUUUGCAUCCAUGCCUGUCACACCAGAUAUCUUUAUAAUACCUUCGGAGCUGCGCUAUUUCAUUAAGGAUAUCAGCGGCUGUAUCUGCAUUAACCCUGGACGCCUCACGAAAGGUCUUGUAGGGGGUACCUAUAGCCGUUUCCUAAUUAAGAGGGAAGCUGCAGGCGCAGAAGGAAGAAAGUCUCCCUGUGUGUCUGCCCAGGUGGUCAGGAUCUGAUGAAGUACCUCUAGACUGCAUUUUGGUUAAGAUGAUGAUGCCUGAAGAAGAAUGGACUUUGGAAAAAUCUCCCUGAAGAUACUUUGAACUGGAGUCAAUUAUCAGGGGAAGAAACAACUACAAUACCAACUUCACUCUGCAGAGUCUCAUCAUUUGCAUUGAUUAAUAGUGUUUAUUAAGAAAGGGUGUGAAAUCCUAUUUACAAGAUCUGGUGCACUGAAAAUC